AUGAUAGUGAACAUAGGCCUUGAAUGUUACAACUGCCAAACUAAUCUGAAGAGUCCACAGGAUAUUCAGGUCUAUGCUGUAAAUACAAAUUUCACUCUAAGGUGGAACUACACUGGGAAUGAUACCACUGUGACAUUUUCAGCAGAAUACCGGUGGUUUGAAGAUUUUGAGACAAAUGAAGCGGAAUGGAAGGAGUUGCCUGGGUGUCAAAAUGUUACUCGCAUGGAAUGUGACUUUUCCUCAGCAAUAACCGAAUACUAUGAUACACAUCAUGUGCGUAUAAGGGCGGAAAGAAGGGAAGAAGUAUCUCCAUGGUCUAGCAUUUUUGAAAUGGUUCCAUAUUACAUAGCUCAGAUUGGUCCCCCAGGUAUAGAGCUGCAGUCCACAAAUGGAGUCAUAAAAAUUAAGGUUUCUCCUCCAGAAGCAAAUCAGGUCCGAAAAAUGUGGAUAACUCAUCUAAGUUUUAAAUAUAAUCUAGUUAUCUGGAAAAAUUCAUCAGAUGCAGAGAAGGUGAAACCUAUUUUUCCUACUGACACAAUUGAUUAUUUUGCACCAGACACUACCUAUUGUUUGAAAGUUCAAGCAACUCUUCCUCUGGAGUUGCAAGAAGGCUUAUUCAGUCCCGUUCGUUGUAUAAAAACUACCCAUAAAGUGAAUGACUUACUCUGUGCAACAAAUGUAAGUGUUCUUGCUUUGAAUAUGGAAUUUCACCUGCAUUGGAAUAAUCAAUAUGAACACCAUGUGAGCUACAAUGUGCAGUAUCUCAUGGGAUAUCUAAAGAAACUUCCUGAUGAUUACUCAGUGAAGUGGCUCAAUGUACCUGGAUGUGAAAACAUCACUGAUACACAAUGCAAUUUCUCAUCUAUCAUCACUACUAUUUCUGGAUUUUAUUAUCUCCGUGUGCAGGCCAUGAAUGAAUAUAAUAAAUCAUGUUUGUCUAAUGAAGUAAAAGUAGAUCCUCUGAUAACAAAUGAAAUUGGCCCUCCUGGUGUAAAGGUGGACAUCAGCAAUGUUUUGCUCCAUAUCCAGAUUUCUCCUCCGGGAGGAUCUGAGAGUGAAGUCAUGAGGGACCAUUAUGACUUGUCUUACCGGAUUCUGUAUUGGAAGAAUUCAUUGAAUAAUGAGCAGGAAAUCAAAAUGAAAGAGAUAAAACAGACAAUAGGGACAGUCUCUGAUCUAACACCCUCAACUUUGUACUGUGUAAAAGUGCAAGCAUUCUCAAAAGUUUACAACAAAAGCAGUCAAUUCAGCAAAGAGGAAUGCAUCAAAACACCUGGAGAUAAAAUUUUACCUCUGAUCAUUUUAGCAACAUUUGUAACUGCCCUGGUUGUUGUCCUGCUUGUGGCUGCACUGCUUGGACUUGCCCUGUAUCAAGCCUACAAUAAGAUCAAAUACGUGUUCUUUCCCUCAUGCCAGCCUCCUUUGAACAUAAAGGGUUUUGAAGGACAGCCCUUCAGCAGUCUUUAUGAGUCAACUAGAGAAGAACCAACAGAAAAAUGUUCUAUAAUUGAGAUUAGCAUCACAGAAGAAGUAAACCAAAUUGAUUUUAAAGACUACAAACAUUCUAAACAGAGCAGUCGAGAUUCGGGAAAUUAUUCUUAUGAUGAUGAUACUUCAGGGAUCAAAGUGUCAGAAGAAACACUAGAAAAGGAAAUAGUAUAA